UCGCCAACUAACAAACUUGACAACUCACAUCGACGGCCAUGGCGACACUUGAGCAGGAGCUGCUCGCAGAUUUCGCGGAUUCUGGCGACGAAGAUGUUGCGGAUUUGGAGAACGACUUCGCCGCCGGCGACUUUGGAUCACCAGAACCGGAGAAUGGCGAGGACGAGGAAAUGGUAGAUGAGGAGGCCGAGUACGCAGAGAAGGAAGGCAAGAAGAAGGACAAGGGUCCGGCGGAUAUAAGAAAUGCGCAAACCCUCAUGGCCAAUCUACAGCCAGUACUACAGCAAAUCGAGGAGGUAAAAGACAAAAUGGAGGAAGUGAUGGACGGCGAGUCAAUCGAGGACAACCCAGAAUAUCAGCUUUUAAAGGAAGCAAACGAGUUCUCAACUCAAAUCGACGGCGAAAUCCAGGCGGUACACAAGUUCAUUCGCGACAACUACUCCUUGCGCUUCCCCUACCUCGAAGAACUCGUCAAGAACCCGGUCGAUUACGCAAAGACAGUCGCCAUCCUCGGGAAUCGGCCGCUCGAUGACAUCAAGAAUAUUGCACAGGAUACAAACAACAUCGUCGGGGCGCCGUUGAAGACCAUCUUGGACGCGCCGUCUCUUAUGGUUAUAACGGUCGAGGCCACAAGAGCUUCCGGCCGCGAACUCCAGGACGUCGAACUCGCAGCCAUCAUGACUGCCUGCAAGCUUCUGCUGGUGCUUGAUAGGUCGAAGCACAUUAUCACUGAAUAUGUCCAGUCACGCAUGAGCGUCUUUGCGCCAAACCUCACAGAGCUUAUUGGAUCCCUCACCGCCGCCCAACUCAUCAACUACGCAGGAGGUCUUGCUGGCCUUGCGAAGACACCGGCCUGUAAUAUCGCACCCUUGGGCUCGAACAAAGCAUCUGGCCUUGGACUUGCCACCAACAUUGGAGUUAGACACCAAGGUUUCCUCUAUCACAGCCCUAUUCUUGAACAAAUUAGAACGGAUCUCAAGAAACAGGGCUUGCGAAUUGUCUCCGGCAAAGUGAUCCUUGCUGCACGCGUGGAUAUGGUCCACCAGGCACCUGACGGCUCUACCGGACGCCAGCUCAAAGAAGAAUGCGAACGACGACUUGACAAGCUCACUGAGAUUCCUGCAAACAAGGGUGUCCGUGCCCUUCCCGCACCCGACGACAAACCGGCGCGAAAGCGUGGCGGACGCAGAGCCCGCAAGGCCAAGGAAGCAACAGCCAUGACCGAGAUCAGGAAGGCACAGAACAGAAUGGCUUUUGGCAAGGAGGAGAAAGAAAUCGGCUACGGCGACUCAACAAAGGGCAUGGGCAUGGUCGGCGCCACCGACACCGGCCGUCUGCGCGCCCAGCAAAUCGACCCCAAGACAAGAGCGAAGCUGUCGAAGAAAAACCCCGGCUGGGGCGGCGACACAACACUCGGCGCUGCCUCGUCGCUCAAGGGCUUCGGCGCCGGCGGCACCGCUACAAGCCUGCGCGCACAGGGUCUCAGGACCGGCGGCGUGGGCCUCCACGGCUCGGGCAUGAGCUCCGUCGCCUUCACUCCCGUGCAGGGACUCGAGCUCGUCGACCCGCGGGCGCGCGAGGAGGCCAGCCGCAAGAGGAAGGCCGAGGACGAUCGCUGGUUCAAGGGCGGCUCGUUCACGCAGCUCAGUGGGAAGACAGAUGCAGCGGGUUUCAAGGUGCCUGCGCUGCCGCUCAAGAAGCCGAAGACGGAGCAGUAGUCGUGCGGUGGCAUAUCUCACUCGUAUCUUACGACGGUGUGUGGGAAGUUCGGAGCAUUUUGGUCGAGUAUGCAUCAUAUGGCGUUUAGGGGAUUCGGAUGGCUGAUACCAGGGCCUUGGGUGUGCCCACCUCCAUACCACGUUUUGUACGGAAAUAGGAACUACGAUGAAUGGUUUCUCUGCUUCUCUCUUGGCACAGUGAUUCUCAUGCAGGGUGGCUUUGUUCGUGAUCAGUGUCUCCGGCGAGGCGUGCAGGCAGAUAGGGCAUGAAUGGCACUUCUCUCCUGGUCUUGGGCUGGAGUGAACGUGCUUGGUUAGUGGACGGUUAUUUCGCAUCAAUGCUAGCUUGUUGGGUUGAGUAUGACUCGAGUGUGAGGCUAUUCCUACAUUCGUCGAACCAUAGGCGGCUCGUCCCUUGUAG